UUUGAAAAGGGUAAUUUGGUGAGAAAACAAAAAAGGAAAAGAAAACGCAGAAAGAAGGGGAAGUCCGGGUCGUAUAAAAGUAGCUUCUCAGUUCUGACAUCACAUGUCAAAUACCCAACUUCAGCUUUUCUUGUUUCCAAUCUCAGGCUCCUCUCAGUCUUCUUAUCAAGGGUACGAAUUCCCCCCAAAAGAUGUAUUAAGUUUUGGUUGAAGCAGAUUAGAAUGGACCAGCAAGGACAUGGACAGCCCCCGGCUAUGGGGAUGAUGGGUAGCGGAGCUCAAGUCCCUUAUGGUACUAAUCCGUACCAGAAUCAGGUGACUGGGGCGACCCAAAAUCCAGGGACAGUUGUGACAUCGGUCGGAGGUAUUCAGUCCACCCCGACGGGAGCACAGUUUGCACAGCACCAGCUUGCUUUUCAGCAAAUCCACCAGCAGCAGCAACAGCAACUUCAGCAACAACUGCAGACAUUUUGGGCAAAUCAGUAUCAAGAAAUCGAGAAGGUUACAGAUUUCAAGAACCAUAACCUUCCCUUAGCCCGGAUCAAGAAGAUCAUGAAAGCUGAUGAAGAUGUGAGGAUGAUAUCUGCCGAGGCUCCUGUCAUUUUCGCUCGGGCAUGUGAAAUGUUCAUCUUAGAAUUGACAUUGCGUUCGUGGAAUCACACGGAAGAGAAUAAAAGGAGGACACUUCAGAAGAACGAUAUUGCGGCAGCAAUUACCAGGACUGACAUAUUCGAUUUCUUAGUUGAUAUAGUUCCGAGAGAGGAUUUGAAAGAUGAAGUUCUUGCAUCGAUUCCACGCGGAACAAUGCCUGUUGGAGGGCCUGCUGACGCAUUGUCUUAUUACAUGCCUGCACAACAUGCACCUCAGGUCGGGACUCCGGGAAUGAUAAUGGGGAAGCCGGUGGUGGACCCUGCUAUCUAUGCCCAGCAGUCUCACCCAUACAUGGCGCAGCAGAUGUGGCCACCAGGUCCCGAGCAACAGCAGUCUUCUUCUGAUCAUUAGCAACUCUAGCAUAGAAUUUAAGAAGAGUAGGCCCUCGAGACAUCCUGAGAAUGUUCAUCGGGGCGGAAUAAGGAGGCUUCUCUCCGGGUUAAAAGCCUUGAUCAAGGUUAUAAGCUGAAGAACAGACUUUGUUUUGUAAAUACUAUGCUUGAAGAAUGAAACAAUUUACUUUAUGCCUUUCUGUUUUUUCGAUCUCGUUUCUAGUUGGAA